GGGGGGUAUGCCUGGUCCUAAAGGGAGGGUGUACACCCACGCACACACUCCAACCAGAGCCGUCAGAUCGCCGGGGAGAGAGGAGAGAGAGCGAGUGGCCAUGGCAGACUCCGAGGCUCUGUGUGUGGCGCUGAAGGCCAUCAGUGUGAGUACGGAGGUGAUUGAGGAGGAGCUGAGACCUCAUCUGGACAUCCUGCUGAGCAGCCUGCUGGAGAAGAAGAAGGAUGCUGCGGUGGACAUCGCUAAGAGUGGGAUCCUGCCCACACUGGCCCAGGCCCUGAGGAACAACAACCAGCUCAGCCAACAGGUGGCGCUGGUGGUGGCGGAGGUGGCCCGGGAAGCCAGUGUCAGGGAGCAGUGUAUCCAGGCCGGCCUGGUGGGGGCGCUGGUUCCCCACCUGCAGAGUAAGGAGCAGGAGAUGCUGCUGAACACCGGGAGGGCCAUCGGCAGGAUCUGCUUCGACAACGCCGCCCAGCAGGAGCACCUGGUCCAGACCGGGGUGAUCCCCCUCCUGGUGUCCAUCAUGCAGCAGUACCCCGAGAACGACCCGCUGGUCAACGUGUGUCUGCUGGCACUCUGCAACCUGGCCGACAUGGACUCGGCCCGUGAGGCGCUGGCUGAGCUCCAGGUAGCGGGGGUCCUGAUCCUUCAGCUCCGCCGGGCCCCCGACGCCGAGCGGAGCCACAUCAUCCUGGAGGUGCUGAGCUCGCUGGGGGAGAGCGACCUCCUGAAGCUCCAGUUCGCUGAGUCGGGGGUCCCCGAGGCGCUGUCUGAGAUGGUCCGCGGGCUUCAGGGCUCCACCGACCCCCACAACCUCUGCAGCGUCAAGAUCGCCUCCAACCUCAUGGUGUCCCUUCUGCUGGGAGAUGAGUCCAUGCAGCAGUGCUUUGGCGAGGGGACGGGGAUGGUGUACCAGGACGUCCUGUCCUGGCUGCAGUCCUCAAACACCCAGCUGCAGCUGUCCGGGGCGCUGGCCAUCGCCAACUUCGCCCGCAACGACAGUAACUGUGUGAAGAUGCUGGAGCGAGGGGUGGUCCCCCACAUCCUCAACCUGCUGGAGCAGCACGUGGACGAGGGGGACGUGUCUGUUCAGCAUGCCGGACUGAGCGCGCUCAGAAACCUGGCCAUACCGGCCUCCAACAAGGUGCGGAUGCUGGAGGACGGCGUGACGGAGAGGAUCAAGACCCUGCUGCGCUCCGACAUGCCCCCCGUCCAGUUCAAGCUGCUGGGGACCCUCCGCAUGAUGGUGGACGGACAGGAGGGCGCGGCCACGGCGCUGGGUAAGGACCAGGCUCUGCUGCAGCGCAUCAUGGAGUGGUGCGACGCCCGCGACCACGCAGGGGUCCGGGGCGAGGCCAACCGCCUGCUGGCCGCGCUGCUGAGAUACAGCCGCAACGCGGAAGUGGUGCGGGCAGUAUCCAAGGCAGACGGGGUGAAGCAUCUGAUCACCAUGGCGACCAGCGAGCACGUUAUCAUGCAGAACGAGGCCCUCGUUGCCUUGGCGAUAGCGGCUGCCAUUGACAAAGAGUGCAUGCAUGACACCCUGCGGGAGGCCCAGCUGCUGCCCACCCUGCAGAAGAUGCUGGACGACCCCCAGGGGGCAGUGGAGGUCAAGUUCAGCGCUCUGGGCCUCAUCUGCAGCCUGGCCCAGUCAAGUGACAUGAAGGAAGCCAUGCUGUCCAGCAACAUGAAGGACAGCCUGAGGCCGCUCACGGAGCACGCAAGCGCUAAGCUAGCAUCGCAGGCUCAGGCCCUACUGAGCAUGCUUGAGGAGUAGCGUGUGACCACGCCGGCAGCCACUCAGAGACGCUUAGUGAAGGACUGAACGGCGGACUAAGUCCCUCCCCCUUAGUUAGGUUCAGUCGUUCCACUCUGCCGGCGGAUGCUGCUGAAACAGACUUCACAUCACAUGACCCCUUUCCCUGAGAGAAGCUGAUUGGUUAAAAAAAAGUGUCAAACAAAGUUCACCAUAUACGAUAGUCCAUAGUAUUUAGAAUCAUGCUAUGAUGACCCACGCGCACUAUAAUGUCUGACUGCCAUGUACGGAGCCAUCGAUACAGAAGAUCCACCCAUGCUCUGUCCAGCUCUCAGCAUCCCGUCGCCAUGGUAACCCCAUUGGGGCGGUCCUGCCAUCGAGCACUAAACUAGGCACAAGGUUACGAUCUUCAUCCUCGUAAUUUUAAAGUCAGGCUGGGGGGGGGGGGGGGUCUAUAUGACCUGAUAUUAUAGGCCCCGAUAUCUGAACUCCUGUAUUUUCUACGAACGGUCUAAGACAAAGAAGGUCAAGUUGAAGCACAAACCAUAGCAGUGACCGUGCAUCCAGCCCAGUAUCAUCGUGUGUGUGUGUCUGUGUACUUGUGUGUAUCUACGUGUAUACAGUGGGGGUGUGUCCACUCAAAGCCAUGUGUGUCUCACAGUCUAACUCAUGGCCAAUCACCAGCCUGAUCUGAUGGAUCAAUGCUGGUGAUUAUCAGUUAUUAAUGAAGACAGAAGGAUCACUAGAAGCUCUUUAGCCAGCCCAACAGGAGGGUGGGGGGGGGGGGGGUUGUAUUGGUUACCACAGCAACAGUAGGAGCCUUGUGUGGUUUAGUUUAGUUCUGUGACAGCCAUGACUUCUCUGACUUCCACAAGCAAUAUCUGCCAUUGAUGACAAACUAAACAUUCAUAUGAGUAAUAUAUUACAAUAAACUUUGUCCUGUUA